GUAAAAAACAGGUUAUAGAAUUACCGGGGGGCACAUUCACUUUGAAUGAUGAAUACGAAGUUAUUGUGCAAGGUUCUAGCUGUACAUGGAGAGUUGACAUGAAGAAAGCAACCCAGGUUGAGGAAGUAAAACGAGGAGGAACUCGUAACGGUUCUCU